GCUCACGACCGGAGUCGGUCCUUGCGUCCCUGUGUGCAUGCGCCGGUACCCGCUGCGGGCAGCCAGAUGUGAGCCCGGGUUCUGCUGCCCGUGCCGGUGAGGGCGCCGGUUCGGGUGCCGGUGCCGGUGCCGGUGAGGGAGGCUGCGGAUGCCUUUGCGGCUCUCCGGGGGUGCAAGCGGCGGUGCAAAUACCGGCGCGGAGCUCCUCCCGUGCGCACGGCGGUCACCCUGCUGGGCGGCCAGGCCGAGCGGAGCUGAGCGGUGCCGCUGGGCUGGGCACCGGGGUCCCCGCUCCAGCCCCUCCCGGCCCGCCGGCCCCCGUCGCCCCCGCCCGGUGCCUGCGGUCCGUGCGCAGCCGGUCUCAGCCCCUGCGGCUCCAUCCCUCCGGCGCGGCCCCAUCUCCGCCCGGCCCCAUCCCUGUGAGACCCCGGUGCCGGUCUCGGCGGCAGCGCGGCGCCCGGUGCGGGCCAUGGCGGCGGCGGAGGCAGGCGGCGCUGCGGCGGCGGCGGGGGCCCGGCGCGGCCCGGGCGGGGAGCGGAGCUAGGCAGCAGGCGGCCCGGGAUGGCCAGGAUGAACGUGGCCCUACAGGAGCUUGGACACGCCCAGAUGCCCAACUACAAGCGUGCCACGCUGCAGGACGAGGAGGGGCCGGAGCCAACGGGGGAUGGCAGCACCUCUCCCGACAGCGUGGAGGUGGGGUUCCGGAAGGGACCGGGGACGCUGCUGAGCCGCCUGGCCUCGCGCAGCCAGCUGGAGCUGGUGCUCUGCGCCGUCGCCGUCUCCCUGGCCCUGCUGCUCAGCGUCGCCGUCGUCACUCUGGCCAUUCAGUACCGCAGAGAUCCCUCUCACAGCACGUGCCUGACGGAUGCCUGUGUCCGGGUGGCCAGCAAGAUCCUGGAGGCCCUGGAUACAGAGACGGACCCGUGCCAGGACUUCUACCAGUACUCGUGUGGGGGCUGGAUUAAGAGGAACCCGCUGCCCAACGGGCGCUCCAAGUGGAGCACUUUCAACAGCAUCUGGGACCAGAACCAGGCCAUCAUGAAGCAUCUCCUAGAAAACACCACCUUCAACUCCAGCAGCGAGGCAGAGCGGAAGACGCAGCGGUACUACCUGUCCUGCCUCAAGGAGCAGAGGAUAGAGGAGCUGGGCUCCCAGCCCCUUAUGGAGCUCAUCGACAAGAUUGGGGGAUGGAACAUCACUGGCUCCUGGAACCAAACCAGCUUCAUGGAGGUCCUCAAGAGCGUGUCAGGCACAUACCGGGCAACCCCCUUCUUCACAGUGUAUGUGGGUGCAGACUCCAAGAGCUCCAACAGCAACAUCAUCCAGGUGGACCAGUCAGGGCUCUUCCUCCCAUCCCGGGAUUACUAUCUGAACAAGACUGCCAACGAGAGGGUUCUGGCAGCGUACCUGGACUACAUGGUGGAGCUGGGCACACUGCUGGGGGGCACCCCAGAGCCCACCCGCCUCCAGAUGCAGCAGGUGCUGGACUUUGAAACCCAGCUAGCCAACAUCACCGUGCCCCAGGCUGAGCGGCGGGACGAUGAGAAGAUCUACCACAAGAUGAGCAUCGCAGAGCUGCAGGUGCUGGCCCCUGCCAUUGACUGGCUGGAUUACCUUUCCUACGCCCUGGCCCCCCUGGAGCUGGCAGACACAGAGCCUGUGGUGGUGUAUGGGGACACCUACCUUCAGCAGGUCUCUGAGCUCAUCAAUGACACCGACAGGAGCAUCCUGAACAACUACCUGAUCUGGAACCUGGUGCAGAAGACAGCCUCCAGCCUGGACCAGCGCUUCGAGACAGCCCAGGAGAGGCUGCUGGAGACACUCUAUGGCACCAGGAAGUCCUGCACACCCCGCUGGCAAACCUGCAUCUCCAACACGGAUGACACACUGGGCUUUGCGCUGGGCUCCCUCUUCGUCAAAGCCACCUUUGACCGGGACAGCAAGGCCAUCGCUGAGGAGAUGAUCAGCGAGAUCCGUGCAGCCUUCGAGGUAUCCCUGGACCAGCUGGACUGGAUGGACGAGAAGACCAGGCAGGCUGCAAAGGAGAAGGCGGAUGCCAUCUACGACAUGAUUGGCUUCCCUGACUUCAUUCUGGACAACAAGGAGUUGGAUGAUGUCUAUGAUGGGUACGAGGUCUCUGAGGACUCCUUCUUCCAGAACAUGCUCAACUUCUACAACUUCUCUGCCAAAGUGAUGGCUGACCAGCUCCGGAAACCCCCCAACCGCGACCAGUGGAGCAUGACCCCACAGACUGUCAAUGCCUAUUACCUGCCCACCAAGAAUGGGAUCGUCUUUCCUGCUGGGAUCCUCCAGGCUCCCUUCUACGCCCGCAACCACCCCAAAGCCCUUAAUUUUGGUGGCAUCGGCGUGGUGAUGGGGCACGAGCUGACCCAUGCAUUUGAUGACCAAGGACGGGAAUAUGACAAAGAGGGAAACCUGCGGCCGUGGUGGCAGAACUCCUCCCUAGAGGCCUUCAAGAACCGGACGGCGUGCAUGACGGAGCAGUACGGCCGCUACACCGUCCACAGCGAGAAGGUGAACGGGCGGCAGACCCUGGGCGAGAACAUCGCCGACAACGGCGGGCUCAAGGCAGCCUACAACGCUUACAAGUCCUGGCUGCAGAAGAACGGGGAGGAGAAGCGCCUGCCCGCCCUGGGGCUCACCAACCACCAGCUCUUCUUCGUGGGCUUUGCGCAGGUGUGGUGCUCCGUCCGGACGCCCGAGAGCUCCCACGAAGGGCUGGUGACCGACCCGCACAGCCCCGACAAGUACCGUGUCAUCGGCACCCUCAGCAACUCCCGGGACUUUGUGGAACACUUCGGCUGCCCCCUGGGCUCCCCCAUGAACCCCGGCAAGCACUGUGAGGUGUGGUAGGGACGGGGAGGGUGCCGGGGGCAGAGGGACGAUACUCUGCUGUGCUCCCCCUCCCCAGACCUCAGUGGCUGCCGGAGCUGGCCACGGGCAGAGCGCAGUGCCCCUCCUGUGCUCACACCGCACACCCCCCUCCGCACCCUCCCCGGCACACACGGCCCCGCACCAGGCACCCACCGCAGCCCCAUCCACGGCUUGGGGCUGGACACGGCCGGCAGAGAGGCUGUGGCACCCCCAAAACGCAGUUCUGCCCCCCAGCCUUGAUGUGCUUGAGUCGGGCACAGCUCAGUGGCCCCUGCGCUGCGUCCCCCCCUCAGGCGGGCAGGUCAAAGGGGUCCCGGGGAAAGCAUUAGAGCCACGAUCCCCCUGCUCCUGCCCCCCAGCCUGCCGGAGAUGGAGGCUGGGGGCCACCCGGCUCCGCGCUUCCCUUGUCCCCUCCCAGUCCAGCUUGGCUUCCCCAUCCACCUCUGCUGGGACCAGCGGGCGGCAGCGGGGACUCUGGUGCCUUCAGCUGUGGGUGGCUGUCGCCGAGUUUAUUUAACGAUUAAAAGCAGUUUCCACUUA